AUUAAAAAACGCGAUCAAUGAUAGUGGCCGGUGAGGCACAUGAAAGACACAUAAUAGAACUCAAAACUGAUCCUAACUACACAGAUGAAUAUAUUAAGAAACAGGUUGUCUUUAGUUUGAGCCUUUCAUGAGAAAUGCGACAAUCUUUUGAUGAGGACUAGGCCAAUGAAUAUGCCUGAAGUUCCAGAUGGCAAAGUCCAAAUGGAGGAAUGAGAAACAAUGAGAUGAGGAUACCUUCAUAACACAAGAAUGUGCAGUUCUAAUGAUUUCACAAUCGGACAUUCCAACGCUUCUUCUGCAAAGGCAUCGCCGUUCUUGGCUUUUCUGCCAACCCAACAAACAUCUAAGUAUACAACAACUUUUUCUGAUCUUCUCAACCACUUUAGCUCUCUGAUGGAAAAGGUAUAACCAGAAUAACGGUUUCUGAAGAGGAAAGUAGAAAGAAAGGAAGAAAUUAAGCAUGGGCAGUCCAAAGAAAGUUUCACCAUCAAGAAGAAGCCCAAAGAAAAACUCAAGAACUCUCCAUGAUCUCUUUGUGCAGGAGAGUCCUCACUUCACCAUCCCAUCUUCUUCUCCCACUUCAGGAAAUGAAGAUCUUCUCUCCACUAUUUCUUAUUGCACCUUUGUUUUCACCUUCACCGACCCUUCAGAAUCUCCGGCGCAAAGAGACUCAAAGAGGCUUCAACUCACAAGACUCGUCUCGAUAUUGAAGUCUUCCAAGAAACCGGUGCAUGGAAAAGUUUUGGUGGCUCUAGCGGCCAUGAUAUCUGCCAACCUCUUCAGGCCACUCCCUCCACCUUCCAGCCCUUCUGCCAUCACGGAUUUGCCUGAAGAAGAAUACCCCGUUUCUAUAUUUUCUCCUCUGUGGUCACAUCUCCAAAUUGUUUACGAGAUACUUCUUAAGCUUGUUAACAGCACAGACCAGAAGAUACUGAGAGAGUGCGUCGAUCAUUCUUUCCUCCGCAACCUGUUAGCACUUUUCCAGUCAGAAGAUCCGAGGGAACGUGAGACUUUGAAAAAUGUGUACCACAAGAUAUAUUCCAAGUUCAUUUCUGAUCGUUCCUUCAUGAGGAAAUCAAUGACCGAGGUGCUCUUGAACUACGUUUUUGAGACAGAGAAGCAUCCGGGUAUUGCAGACUUGCUUGAGAUAUGGGGAACCAUAAUCAAUGGGUUUACCGUGCCGCUCAAGGAAGAACACAAACUGUUCCUGAUGAGAGUGCUCAUUCCUCUACACAAGACCAAGGGGAUGCAAGUGUACCAUAAGCAAUUGGCUUAUUGCGUGUCACAGUUUGUGCAGAAGGAACCUAUGCUUGGAGGGGUUGUUGUCAGAGGGAUUUUGAGGUACUGGCCUGUCACAAACUGUCAAAAAGAAAUUUUGCUAAUUGGGGAGUUGGAAGAUCUUGUUGAGAAUUUAGACCCUGACCAGUAUCGUAAGUUGGCCUUGCCCUUCUGUACCCAGAUUACCAAAUGCAUAAACAGUUGGAAUUCUCAGGUAGCGGAGCGUGCACUGUAUAUGUGGAACAAUGAGCAGUUCGUGAAAAUGGCACUGAUAGGAACAGUGGAAGUGUUUAAUGUGAUUGUUGAAGGCAUGGAAAAGAACCUGAAGUGGCAUUGGAGCAAGAGCGUUAGACAACUAACGGAAAGUGUGAAGGUGAUGCUGGAAGAAAUGGAUCCAGAUCUGUAUUCAAAGGGUCUCGUGGACAUGGAAGCUAAAGAAUCAAUGGCACAUCUAGAAGAUAUCAAAAGAAAAAAGAAAUGGGAAAGAAUAGAAUGGGAAGCUGCCAAGAAUCAGUUUCUCAACCCACAACGUUAUAUACGUGUCUCCUACUGAACAUUAAUGUAUGCAAAUUUGUGCUGGCAUUGGUAAUGCCAACUUUCCUUGGGUAGAACAAUAAUUGCAAGACCAAAAUUGUUUAAAAGUUGCUUAGUUGUAACAAUGCCAAAUAUGAAUACUUCAAACCAAAAAUUGGUAGCUGUGGUUUGAGAUAUUCAAUGGAAGGCAAAUAACAAUUAAAAGCGUCCAAAAUAUAAAGAAACAGAGACAUAAUAAACCCAGAUGAACAACACCUGAGUGUAUUAUGUAUUUCUACAGUAUACU